GUCCUCUCUGUAAGAAUAGAGAACGUAUGGAGGAUCUCCACAUUCAUCAAGACAUUUUGGUCACGAUGACAUCUUUGAAGUUGGCUUUAUAUCUGACUUGUCUUUGCUUGUGGAGAAUAGCUUGGACAACUGAUGUUCAAUUGUCCACAUCUGUGCGUCAAGAGAGUGGUUUUAUAUCAGCUAAUGUUGGCGACAACGUGACAUUACAAUGUUUCUUUCAAUGUAACGAAACAGGAGUGUUUUCCUGGUACAAACAAACGCUGGGACAGAAACCGAGGAUUGUUUCUACCUACUUUGAACACGAUGCAAAGGGCACUUUUACUGAUGAAUUCAAGAACAAUCCACGCUUCACACUGGAAACUAAAAAGGGUAAAAAUCACUUGACAAUCUCAAAUUUGCAAACUUCAGAAUCAGCUACUUACUACUGUGUAGUAAGUUGCCAUGCAUAUGAGUUUGAAUUUAAAGAAGGCUUUACUGUCAGUGUAGAGGGUUCAGGUUUGAACAUCCCAGCUUCGGUCCAUCAGUCAGCAUCUGAGAGCAUCCAGCCAGGAGGCUCUGUGACUCUGAACUGUACAGUACACACUGGGACCUGUGAUGGAGAACACAGUGUUUACUGGUUCAAAACCUCUGAAGAAUCUCAUCCAGGACUCAUUUACACCCAUGGAGGCAGGAAUGAUCAGUGUGAGAGGAAACCCAACACACAAACACACACCUGUGUCUACAACUUGCCAAUGCAGAGCCUGAAUCUUUCUCAUGCUGGGACCUACUACUGUGCUGUUGCCUCAUGUGGACACAUACUGUUUGGAGACGGGACCAACAUGGACAUUAAAAAUGCAGAGAACUCUCCCGACUCCCUUGUGUAUUUCUUGAGUGGAGCUUUGGCAUUCACCACCCUGCUGGUUGUUUUACUGACUGUCUCAGUGUACAAGAUGAACCGGAGAAGCAGCUGCCUGUGUAGAGAACUUCAAAGAGUUUCAGCUUCUACCACAACAAAUGGAGAGGGUAACCAAGAUGCCGACAACCUCCAUUAUGCUGCUUUAAGUGUCAACCAUCCCAACAGACCAAGAAGACAGAGGAACCACACCAAGGAUGAAUGUGUGUACUCCGGUGUCAGGCAGUAGAACUGGAUUUUCUUAAAACAGGAAGUUUUGUCAACAUGAUAAACACAUGCUAUACAAUGAAUGUAAAGUCUUGUGUUGCAGUUAACUACUUAAUUUUUUUAUGUGCUGACAAAUGUGCCAUAUUUACACUAGCCCCAUUACUUCUAGUCUUCGCAUGUUUUUCUAGAUGUUGCGACAACCCAAAUGAUUUAAGAAUCAUGUUACAGCUUCCAUUGUGGUCUGCAGUGAAACCAUGAAAUUUCUGUAUACUUUGCCACGGGUUGGUUGGAAAUAUGCAUCUUUACAAACCUCGGCUAUCUUUGUUUCUGUGUCAUUACAUUGAAACAUAGCUUUCUCCCCAAGCAACUACGUAUUUAUAAUCCUUUUAAUUUUUGAUGAAACCUGUUCAUUUAUAAGGCCAGAUUCAAUGAUGCUGUACAACAAGUGAAGAACCAUAAUGGAAAUAAAUGAUUUAAACUAACAAACUA